AUGAUUCUUUUGACCGUUACCUCUAUCGAAGGAUUGGAAUGCAUGAACAAUUUUGAAGCCAAAACGUACUGGACGAGCGGCUCAAACGAAGAUGAAAAUUGCAAUGCGGAAAAAAAGUACGCUUGGUGCUCGACGGGCUUCAAUAUGACGGGAAAUUUUAUCGAAUCGGAAAAAAUGUGGUUGCCACCCAACAACGCAAUCCCUUCUGCCACGAACCGUUGUUUGGCCGUUUCUUUAUCCACAGUACCCACGAAACAGGGUCUGGUGCACAGAAAGUGCGACGACGCCCUGCCCUUCAUCUGCCAGUAUUCCGUCGACUGCCCAAAGAUCUGCAACCGAAAUAUGACGUGGAUAAACAGUUACCGUCAGUGUUGCGCUUUGGGAAUGGAGUCGCUCAAUAUCGACAACGCAGCAGAGCAAUUGGGCCUUACUGCCAUGACCGUGGCAAAUAAAGCCAACUGGACUGCGAAUUUCAAUUACUGGACCAGUGGCACGUGGAAGGGGGCACCUGAGAAGCAGUGGUCGUGGUGCGAGCUAAAUGGACCCACAGUGUUCGCAAAAGGACUUGUUUGGGAAAACCGGCAGCCCGACAACAAAGGAGGCAACGAGAGCUGCGUGCAUUUCCGCUUUACUUUGAAUUUCACAGGCACCAUCAUGACCGAUAGGAACUGCGCAAAUAAAUAUAUAUUCGCGUGCAAAAGUGCAUUGAAAACCACCCCAAAACCUUGCGUUGCUUCCUGCCCAAUAGAGAGCUGCGAACGAAAUAGUACUCUAUUUGGCACCGACGCAACUACUCAGCAAGCAGUUUUACACGAAUUUGCUCCAACGACCUAUGGAGACUACUGGCUCUCCGGAACUGAUCUGGGGUGUGAUUCAAACUUCCGCUGGUGCACCCUGAGCCGGGACUUCGUCAACCCUGAGGUGAAGUGGAAGGAGGGACACCCGAAACCCGGCCUGGACUGCGUUUAUCUCGAAGUGAGGAAUGGAUCCGUGUUGCUGGCCACCGAUGACUGUGCCCAAAACAAGAGCUUUCUCUGCGAAGUGAGAAAGAAGGGUACUUUUGGGAAGGCCAUGCAGACCGAAUGUGCAGAAACCUGGGACAUUACAAUUGACCAAAUUGAUCUGCUUAUGAACGUGAGCGCUUUUCUCACGGCAACUAUUUCGCUAAAUUUGAAGUUUGGCAUUGGAGGAUUGGACGCCUUAGCUACGCUGCGACAGAUAGAACUCGUGUCCCAGGAGGAACCCGCGAAAUUGGAGACGGGAUUUGUGGCUUAUGAUCAAUGCAGCGGCAUCAAAUCAGACGACGAGUGUGUGAUUCCCCACGAAACAUACAAGUGCGGCCAAGAAAAAGCACCUGAUUUGGUUUCAAAAAUCAUCACGAACAACUACGGCAAUGCUACAAUGGUCUGA